AUGGACGCCAAAUCAGCCUAUUCAUGGGCUAAACGCGUGGAUUUGACCGUCGGCAAGGCUCUGUUCCAUCUGUUCUUUUGGGGUUUGCAUAUUGGUCUGUUUGCCGUGGGAUGGUACUUACAAGUAUCAGACCCAAGACUAGCCGCUCUUAAUGUUUUACAGUACUCAGUAUGGAUAUCACGAGGUGCAGGCCUUGUUCUUUCCGUUGAUUGCACUUUGAUCCUCUUACCUAUGUGCCGGAAUCUUCUGCGAUGGCUCAGACCUCAGAUCAGAUGGCUUCCUUUGGAUGAGUCGGCAUGGUUCCAUCGCCAAGUAGCCUAUUCCAUUCUUGUUUUCACCGCUAUUCACACAGCUGCUCACUACGUUAACUUCUACAACGUCGAAAAAAACCAAAUCCGUCCUGAGCGGGCCGUUGAAAUUCACUUUGCUCAAGCAGGGGGCAUCACUGGGCAUGUAAUGCUUCUGUGCAUGAUGCUCAUGUAUACCACCGCACACCACCGCAUUCGCCAGCAAGCCUAUGAGACUUUCUGGUAUGCGCACCACUUGUUUGUUCCCUUCAUGCUGGCUCUCUACACGCAUGCCACUGGAUGCUUUGUGCGAGAUACCGUGAAUCCCUUUUCUCCCUUUGCCGGCGAGCAAUUUUGGGACCAUUGUCUUGGGUAUGAAGGAUGGAGGUGGGAGAUAGUGGUUGGCGCUCUUUAUCUCUUCGAGAGAGUCUACAGGGAGAUUCGUGCUCGACGUGAGACGGUGAUCACAAAGGUGAUCCGCCAUCCCUAUGCCGCGAUGGAGAUCCAGUUCCAUAAAUCCAGCAUGAAGUACAAGGCCGGGCAAUGGCUAUUCAUUCAAGUGCCCGAUGUUUCAAGCACUCAAUGGCACCCAUUCACCAUCACAUCCUGUCCCUUUGACCCCUACCUCAGUAUUCACGUUCGCCAAGUGGGUGAUUUCACUCGAGCCCUGGGAGACGCUCUCGGCUGCGGUCCUGCUCAAGCCAAAGACCUCGAAGGUCUCGACCCAAAUGGUAUGUACGAGGUCGCUCUGCAAAACGGACAAACAAUGCCUGCGAUUCGUGUCGACGGACCAUAUGGUGCGCCUGCCGAGGAUGUGUUUGAAAACGAAAUUGCUGUCUUGAUCGGCACCGGCAUCGGCGUCACCCCUUGGGCAUCAAUCCUCAAGAACAUCUGGCAUCUCCGUUCAAGCCCCAACCCACCUCGACGACUGCGUCGUGUCGAGUUCAUCUGGAUCUGUAAAGACACCUCAUCCUUUGAAUGGUUCCAAGCUCUCCUUUCUUCCCUCGAGGAUCAGUCUGCAAACGCGGCGGUCAACGAGGGAGGAACCGAGUUCUUGCGUAUUCACACAUACCUCACUCAGCGUCUCGACGCCAAUACCGCUGCAAAUAUCUAUCUCAAUUCCGUUGGCCAGGAUCUUGAUCCUCUCACUGAAUUGCGCAGUCGGACCAACUUCGGUCGUCCGGACUUCAAGCGCCUUUUCACGGCGAUGCGGCAUGGCUUGCUAAAUCAAUCCUAUAUGACCGGGUUGCAAAGUGCGUCCACCACAGAGAUCGGAGUGUACUUCUGUGGUCCCAAUACUGCUGCCAGACAGAUUAGUGAUGCUGCAAAGUCUUCAUCGACGAGAGACGUCAAAUUCAAGUUCUGGAAGGAACACUUUUGA